AUGAAGAUUCUAACGUCAAAAGAAAUCAACGAACAUAGUGCUUAUACCUUAAAAGGUGGUGCUUUAGGUGCCCUAGUUGGUCUUGCUGGUUCUGCUGUUUUAUUUAGAUUAGCACCAAGAAGAUUCCCAUCGUUUAAGCCCAGUCAAAUGACUUGGUCUGUUAAGACAGCUCUUUUCAUUACUCCACCGACUUUAUUCACUGCCAUUUGUGCUGAAGAAGCUUCUAAUAGAUUUGAUGCUAUAAAAUAUUCAGGUGCUUAUCAAAGUGAGGAAGCUGCUGAAAAACAAGCUGCUUGGGAUAAAUUAAGCAGUACUGAAAAGGCUGUUGAAUCCUUAAACAAUAACAAAUAUAAGAUCAUUACGGGUAUUUGGGCUGCCUCUUUAUAUUCUGCAUGGAACAUUAUUAACAGAGAUAAAGUUAUGAAUACUUCUCAAAAAGCUGUUCAAGCAAGAAUGUAUGCUCAAUUUAUUACAGUUAUAUUACUAUUAGGUUCAGUGGCAUUAAGUUCAUACGAAAAGAAAUUAAAUCCAAAUAAAGAAAAACAAAUUGAAAAACAACGUUGGGCUAAUGCUUUAAAGGCAGCCACCGAACAAGAAAAAAUGUCUUCAUCUCAAACAACUUUCUCUAACGAAGAAAGAAGAGACGCUAAGAUCUUUAAAUAUAAAUAA